UUUCGACGCCGGACCUCAACAAUUUAUUGUAAACUUCGGGCGAGACCCGAGACACCCAGGACGGCGGCUGUUUCCCCCCAGCUGACAGCCUCCCAUCCCGCCUCCGGCAGGCCAGCUCUGUCCGGCCGAGAACCAACUUCCUGCAUGCGGCCGUAGGAGGAAGGGGGAUUUCUGGGGCUUAGCGGCCGCAGCUGCCGUCCGAGCGCGAUCCUCUGCGGAUGGUGGCGGCUGGGCUGCUCUGGAGAGGCCGUGGCAGACAUUUUACCCACGGUCUACGGGAGCCUGGAACCUCGGACGGGGACAUCCGAGGACACGCGUGAAGGCUGUAUCUCUUAGGACUCUCGGGGCUGCGAGAUGUGAAAAAGGUUUCCACUUUUUCACCCUCUUAGUUUAAGCAGAAGUUGCUGGAUCUGACGUCGUGUCCACAUCCUGACACCUUCCUGCCUCGGGCAUGCCUCAGCCGGGUAUGAAUGGGAUGGAGCCUGCAUUUGGCGAGGCCUACGGGGGCCACAGGGGCCUGCUGAGCCCCUGCCCGCUGGCCAUGUCGCCACAGGGGGGCAGGACUGAGUAUGAUCAGAGCGUGCUCCUUAUGCUGGGCUCCCCGGCAUCGCCGAGGAAACGGCCCUUCGAGCUGCUGAGCGACCUUGUGGAUGAUGGGGGUUUUGGUGAGGACCAGCAUCCGGAGCGCUGGGACGUGUCUGCGCUAGACGAGAUGGCUCGCUACACCAAGCUGGGCCUUGGAGUCGGCGGCGAACUGCUGGCCUGCUCUGAGGAGGCCAUCCUGAUGGGCCGCUGGGGGAGGAGUCGGGAGGAGCAGGAGAAGGAGGAGGAGGAGGAGUGGAGGAGGAGGGACAGGUGUGCAGCCCCUCCCGUAACCCAGGAAGUCCAGGUCACUGCUGCGGGGAAAGAGGAGGCUCAUGGCUCUGUUACCAUAGCAACGCAGGGGGAGCUGUGCGCCGCAGGAAAGGGCAUGGGGGGCAAACGGGAUGAAGAGGUGUCAAGGGAGUGCACGGUGGAGGUGUAUCAGGUGACACAGGAGGAAGAGGAAGAAGAUGAGCAGGAAGUGGCUGCAGCAGGAGCAGGGCUGGCUCUGGAGCACUGCAGCGAGGAACACAACUACUCUCUGGGCCAGGGAGGGGAGAAGGCUGCAAGGCCCGCUCACAGCUCCCAGUCUGAGGAGGCGCAGGUGGCCGAGGUUCAGCAGGAGGCACAGGGCAGCGAGGACAGCCAGCCCAACACAGAGCUGGAGGAAGAGGAGGAGGACGACGAAGAAGAAGAAGAAGAAGACGAAGAGGAGGGAGCAGAGGAAACGGCGGUGGAGGCUGAACUCUCAAGCUCCUCAGAAACCGAGUGUGAGGUGGAGCCGGAGCCAGCCAGGCAGCCAGGCGAGCGCCCCGCUAAGCGCCGCUGUUUCUGGGAGUACAGACGCUCUCGGGAGUCGGCCUCAAAGAAGAAGCUGGGCAGCAACGUCCACUGGUCUCUGUCCUGGAGCUCCAGCACUCUGCCCAGCACCCUGUACCGCCGUGAGGGCAAGAAAGGGCGUCGUAAAGCCCGCAAAACAGAUGCCAGCGACCUGACACCCAACCCUCAGAAGCUCCACAACAUUGGGGAGCAGCUCCAGAAGCUCAACGCUGCCAUCAAGGGCAUGGGCCCGGUCAACGACCUGCCGGCUGUGGCCCGAGCCCGCUCCCGCAAGGAGAAGAACAAGCUGGCCUCCAGGGCCUGCCGGCUGAAGAAGAAAGCCCAGCAUGAAGCCAACAAGAUCAAGCUGUGGGGGCUCAACCAGGAGUACGAAAACCUUUUGGGGGCCCUGCUUCGGAUUAAGGAGGUGAUCCGACGGCGGGUGGAGAGCAGUGAGGAGGAAGAUGGAGACGAACGUGGGAUGACCCAACGUCUCGAAGACAUCCUUAAAGAGUCCAGCGGUCCAUUAGUCGCUGGGCGGACCAAAGACUUUGUGCAGAGGAUUCUGGAUGCCAGCACGAGUGGUCAGAACCAGCGUAAGGAGACCCUGCAGGGUGGAGUUGAAGCGACAGGUUAAACCACCCGGCACCUGUUUUUUUUUUCCAUGCUCCCUCAUCCCAGCACCCCCCACUGACCUGCCCGAGGUUCGCUACACCUUCUCUGCUCUCCCAUUGUGCGCAUCCAAGUAAGAGCAUGGGAGGAAGACAGGCUGGGGAAAAGAUGAGAACAAGAUGGGAGUAAGUUUCCACCUCGCUCCUGGUUCCCUCUGGUCGGCUCUCCUAAAACAGCAGCCGUGUUCAGCACCCUGUCACUGCAGGCUGCACCACAAACACCACCAGGCUAGAGCUGCUGAUGUCUCUACUGUUUUCUGUGCGUGUGUGUGCGUGUGUGUGUGUGUGUGUGUGUGUGUGUGCGUGCGUGUGUAACAUACUGUAUGAGAGUGUAUAGUGCUCCUCUUCCCCUCCCUGUGCUGUAUUUGUAUCCCAUUGUGCCUAUGAAUAGACAUUGCACUGUUUUGUAGAUGGUCGUAGUUGUUGGCAGGGGGCUGGUAGUGAGCCGAGGGCGAGGGGGCAUCUGAGGAUAGAGGAAGUUCUAAAACAAGGAAGUGGGAGGAGCCCCGUUUUUUGAAAACAAAGAGGUGGAUGUGUUUUCUCAUUCCUCUGGGCUCCUAUGAAAUCACUGCAUCGGCGUCGAGACUUGUCCUGGUAAACGGCAACAGUGGCCUGUUUGUUAAAGAAGCCUCUGGAGCUUAAAUACCACCCCCCCCCCAUCCCCACGUUUCUUUCAGUUCAUCUCCACUGCAUCAAAAUGAAAGUAAGGCUAAAACAGAAAGUGAAAAUGGCACCUUAAUUUAAACUGACCAAAGACGACAGAAACUAAGGCUCAAACAUCCCAACCACUCUGAUUCACACCUGUCAUGUUAACACAUUAUGAUGCUUAAAAAAAAAAAGACUGUUGUCAUAUUUGCCAUAAUUAACACUGCCACUGUGUAUCGGGGGUGACCCUCCUCCAUUUUAUUAGCAGUGUCUUCAUUUGAAGCUACAAAAGGGAAAAAGUCUCCUCAAUGCCUUCCCCGAGCCCUCUCCUCAACCCCUGACCUGAUUAUGUAGCGCAGCGUCCUGAAUUGCAAUGACCAAUAGAGGAAAACACUUGUAGAUCUAGACAGCAAAUAAGUCUACUUUUGCUUUUGUCGAUGUUCUGAUUCUGUUGUUAUUUUGAUGAUGCCGCAGCCCACAAAGUGGGUGCUAGUCUUGAGAGUUUUUGAAUUCUGCCUUUGUCUCGGUCUUUGCUGAAGCUGUAGACCAACCUGUCCAAGCUCUCUAAAAAUUAUUGGACACAAAAAAAAAAAAAGAUAGUCAAGGAUCCUUUGAAUUGCACUGUGGUAAGAGCAAAUAAGCACCUUUGAGGAGGGUUUGAAAUCCUCCAAAAGAAAAA